AUGACCCCAAGCACCGUCCCAGCAACCAUUGCAGCGAAAAAGUCGCUUAUCAUCGACUACGAAUACAAGACACGCAAAGUGACCGAGCGCCUGAGCUCAAUGGGAGCCAGCGAGUUUAUGCUUACGGGCGGCGAGGGCAUCUACACAGCCAUGCGCACGAUAAGUGGCAGCCGGCGAGUGUUUCUCCUGGACGACCACCUCCAGCGCAUCAGCGAUUCUCACAAAAUGGUGUUGGCAGCAGACAAGGAAGACGGCCGCCAGAGUCCCGAGCAUUGGCGUGAACUGCUUGUGCCGUUGAUUCGCCGCGGCCUGGAUAGCUUUGGUGGCGGACAGGACGGAGACGAUAGGAAGAUCACUGUGUUGGUCGGCAAUGACCAUAUCUCCAUGCAGCUGACUAGGAUUAAGAGCCUAGAUGACGGAUCGUGCUGGGUAAAAUUCGUAUCGGGUAAACGCGAUAAUCCUGAGGCCAAGAACCUGCAAUGGGUGCAUGAACGGGAGACAUUGGAGAAACUAAUAGUGCCGCCGAUCAAUGAAGUUGUCCUGGCCGAUCCCAAGGAGACACCGGGAGGCCGGUUUUACGAAGGUAUUUCCUCAAAUUUUUUUACCACCCGGAGAGCUUUGGAAACAAGGGAGGAGGAUGCACAGCCGGAGUACAGGAACUACGAGCUAGUGUCGGCACCCCGGGAUAGCGUGCUCCUGGGCACGAUAAUGAAGCUGGUGUUGCGCAUUUGCGAAAGAGACAAUAUCAAUGUUGUCUAUGAGCCGAAGGUUGAUUUUCACCGGUGGACCGGUGCAUUUGUCUCGUCAACCUCAAGGCUGGUACUGCCGGUUUCGAGGAUCAUCACAGAUAAGUGCGAGCACCAUUUGAAUGCUGGUGAUCCACUAGUGUGUCAUUUGAAAGAAAGCGUAAAGAGUAUGGCUAUGGAGCAGUCAACUGAAAUAUAA